AUGGACGUUGACACCACCCUUGAUGAAGGACUCUACAGUCGCCAGCUUUAUGUGCUUGGCCACGAAGCUAUGAAAAAAAUGGGCAACUCUAACGUUCUUAUAGUUGGCUUAAAGGGACUUGGGGUUGAAAUAGCCAAAAAUGUAGUUCUUGCGGGAGUAAAGAGUGUUGCACUCUAUGAUCCCGCUCCAGUAAAAUUGUCUGAUCUAUCAACUCAGUUCUUUCUUAAAGAAGAGGAUAUCGGUAAACCACGAGCAGCCUCGACAGCUCCUCGUUUGGCAGAAUUGAAUCAAUAUGUUCCUAUCCAUGUGUUAGAAGGAGACCUAACAAUUGAAAAGAUAAAAAAUUAUCAGGUUGUUGUAUUGACGGAAACUACAUUAGAACGUCAAUUAGAAAUUAAUGACUUUACACAUAAGAACGGAAUCAGUUUUAUCUCAACAAAUGUUCGCGGUCUUUUUGGAACUGUGUUCAAUGAUUUUGGUGAAAAUUUUGUCGUGAAUGACACAACUGGCGAAAAUCCAUUGACGGGAAUGAUUGCAGCAGUCUCCAAGGAAAUAGAUGGGGUUGUUACGUGUCUUGAUGAAACAAGACACGGUCUAGAAGAUGGCGAAUACGUCACCUUCUCGGAAAUUAAUGGCAUGGUUGAAUUAAACAAUUGUGAACCAAGAAAAAUCAGAGUACUGGGUCCUUAUACAUUUAGCAUUGGGGAUACUUCUAACUUUGGCGAUUAUAUUAGUGGAGGGACAUUUACCCAAGUUAAACAACCAAAGACGCUAUCCUUUAAAUCGCUUAGAAAAGCAUUAAAAGAACCUGAAUAUCUCGUUUCAGAUUGGGCAAAAUUUGAACGAUUGCCUCAUUUGCACAUAGGUUUUCAGGCACUUUCUAAAUUCACGGAUAAACAUGGGUCUCUUCCACGCCCGCGUAAUGAAUCUGAUGCUAACGAAGUAUUCAAAUUAGCCAAUUCUAUCAAUGAUCAACUUGAAGAGAAAGUUGAACUCGAUGAGAAGAUAAUUAAACAACUAGCAUAUGGUGCUGCAGGAGAUUUGUCUCCCAUGAUUGCCGUAAUUGGUGGCUUUGUAGCUCAGGAGGUUUUGAAAGCUUGCAGUGGAAAGUUUCAUCCUAUUUAUCAAUUCUUUUAUUUCGAUUCUCUGGAAUCUUUACCAACCAAUAUAACUCUUACCGAAGAAUCUUGUCGUCCGAUUGGGUCUCGUUACGAUGGGCAAAUUGCCGUAUUUGGCAAAGAAUUCCAAGAUAAAAUUGCUAAUUUCAAAGAGUUCCUGGUUGGUGCUGGAGCCAUUGGAUGCGAAAUGCUCAAAAAUUGGGCUAUGAUGGGAUUAGGAACAGGUGAAAAAGGCCACAUUCAUAUUACUGAUAUGGAUACGAUCGAAAAGAGCAAUCUUAAUCGGCAGUUCUUGUUUCGUCCUGAUGAUGUCGGGAAAUUAAAAUCGGCAACAGCAGCAGCAGCUAUUGGGAAAAUGAAUCCAGAUACUAAAGGAAAAAUUAUUUCUCAUGAGGAUCGCGUUGGUGUAGAAACAGAAAAUGUCUAUAAUGACGAUUUCUUCGAGUCGCUCGAUGGUGUCACUAAUGCAUUAGACAAUGUUGAUGCUCGUAAAUAUAUGGAUCGACGCUGUGUUUAUUUCAGGAAGCCAUUGUUGGAAUCUGGAACUUUAGGUACCAAGGGUAACACACAAGUUGUCAUCCCCUAUUUAACGGAAUCAUAUUCAUCAUCUCAGGAUCCACCGGAAAAAUCCAUUCCGCUUUGUACAUUAAAGAACUUCCCUAAUGCUAUUGAGCACACUAUUCAAUGGGCGCGCGAAUUAUUUGAAGUGCUAUUCAAACAGCCUGCAGAAAAUGUGAACCUUUAUCUAAGUCAACCUAAUUUCAUAGAGUCAACUAUGAAGCAAGGUGUUAAUCAGAAGGAAACAUUGGAGGGUAUUAAAAAUUUUUUAGUAACAGCAAAACCAUUAAGUUUCGAUGAAUGUAUAACAUGGGCAAGACUCCGCUUUGAAGAAUCGUUUAAUAAUAAUAUUCAGCAACUUUUAUUUAACUUUCCCAAAGAUUCUGUUACAUCUUCUGGAACACUGUUUUGGUCUGGUCCGAAGCGCGCACCAACUCCAGCAAUCUUUGAUCCUGAAAAUGAAACACAUUUAGAUUUCAUUAUUACUGCUGCAAAUCUUCAUGCAUUUAACUAUGGCCUUAAGGGAGAAACGAAUCGUGAAUAUUUCAAACGUGUUGUAAGUAAUGUUAUUGUACCUGAAUUUACACCAAAACAAGGUGUGAAAAUUCAAAUUCAAGAGAACGAAACGAUUCAACAAACUUCAGCGAACGAGCAAGAAUUGCAAGAUAUAAUUGCAUCUCUGCCACCGCCUUCAACAUUAGCCGGUUACCGACUAAUUCCAGUCGAGUUUGAGAAAGAUGAUGACACAAAUUUCCACAUUGACUUCAUCACAGCAGCAUCCAACCUACGAGCAAAUAAUUACGCAAUCCAACCGGCAGACCGUCAUAAAACGAAAUUUAUUGCUGGAAAAAUUAUACCAGCCAUCGCCACCACGACAGCAUUGGUUACUGGUUUGGUCUGCUUGGAAUUAUACAAGAUUAUUGACGGGAAAAAUAAAGUGGAAGAUUAUAAAAAUGGAUUUGUCAAUCUUGCUUUGCCAUUCUUUGGUUUCUCUGAACCAGUUGCUAUGCCGAAAUUCAAGUAUCAUGAAACUGAAUGGAGCCUGUGGGAUCGAUUUGAUAUCGAAGGCGAUCUCACACUACAAGAAUUCCUAGAUUAUUUCGCAACUAACCAUAAACUAGAAAUUACAAUGUUAUCAUGUGGUGUCAGCAUGCUUUAUUCUUUCUUUUUACAAGGCAAGAAGAAAGAGGAACGCAAAAAUAUGAAAAUAUCGAGCUUAGUAGAAUUAAUAUCCAAAAAACCAAUUCCUCCCCAUGUAAAGGCGCUCACACUAGAGAUGUGUGUAAAUGAUCGUGACGGCGAAGAUGUAGAGUCAUUAGAAAAUGAAUCAACUUCAUUCAAUAUAGGUCUUAGAAACUUACUAUAG